GGCCGCACUUGAGAGAGCCGCCAAGCCAACUGUUACCGGCCAACAACCCCCAAACGAAUUGAAGAGAGGCGGGGCGGACCACGCCAUUGCCGCACCUCCUCCCCCUCCUCCUUGGCUUCAACUCCACGCACGCACGCAUGCAUGCUUGCUUUCCAAACCAAGGGAUAAUUGGCCGCCCAUCCAUCUAAACAUCGCCACCACACACCACAUUAUUCUCCAGGCACGCACAAGGAUCGAUCAGUGGAGGGGGUCCGUCGUCCUCUCACACCAUGGCGAAACUUAGCUGCAGGAGCCUGGUGCGCUGUUGUUUGGGCCCUCCACGGGAAGGGGAAGCCGGCGACGCCAUGGACGGUGUUAAGCUCAAGGUCACCAGCAGAUACGUUAUAAUUAAAAAUGACAUAUUCGAGCUGACGCUGUCCAACCCCGACGGUAUUGUAACUGGCGUGCACUACAACGGUGUGGACAAUCUUAUGGAGAUUCUUAACAAAGAAGACAACCGAGGGUACUGGGACAUUGUUUGGAAUUCACCAGGACAGCGAACUGGAAUAUUUGAUGUGAUCAAAGGCACAGAGUUCCGCAUCAUACAUCAUGAUGAAAACCAGGCUGAGGUCUCCUUCACCAGAUCAUGGGAUCCUUCGCAGGAAGGGAAAGCUGUUCCGCUCAUCAUCGACAAGAGGUUCAUCGUGCUUCGCGGCUCCUCGGGAUUCUACACCUACGGAAUCUAUGAGCACAAGGAAGGGUGGCCUGAUUUUGGCAUUGGGGAGACCAGAGUGGCCUUCAAACUUAGAAAAGACAAGUUCCAGUACAUGGCAAUGGCUGACAACAGGCAGAGAAUAAUGCCGAUGCCUGAUGACCGGUUGCCUCCCCGCGGCCAGCAAUUAGCAUACCCUGAGGCUGUCCUGCUUGUGGACCCAAUUAAUCCUAAACUCAGAGGGGAGGUCGAUGACAAGUACCAAUACUCGUGUGAAGACCGAUACAAUAGUGUCCAUGGAUGGGUGUCAUCUGAUCCUCCGAUUGGCUUCUGGCAAAUCACGCCCAGCGACGAGUUCCGUACUGGAGGACCUCUGAAGCAGAACUUGACAUCUCAUGUCGGGCCCACUAUGCUCGCUAUGUUUCUUAGCGCUCAUUAUGCUGGAGAUGACCUUUCGCCCAAGUUCACGAAUGGAGAAUAUUGGAAAAAGGUUCAUGGACCGGUGUUCAUGUACCUUAACUCCAGUCAGGACGGAUCAGACCCAAGUCUACUAUGGGAGGAUGCAAAAGUUCAGGUGAUGAUGGAGAAACAGAGCUGGCCCUAUGAUUUUGCACUUUCAGAGGAUUUCCAGAAGACUGAGCAAAGAGGUUGUAUCUCUGGUAGAUUGCUUGUAAGAGACAGGUAUAUUAUAGAGGAUGAGGAUCUUUAUGCCGCAUCAGCCUAUGUAGGCUUAGCAUUACCAGGAGAGGCUGGAUCGUGGCAAAGAGAGUGCAAGGGGUACCAAUUCUGGUGUCAAGCAGAUGCAGAUGGUAGCUUCUACAUAAAGAACAUUGUAACUGGAAACUACAACCUAUAUGCGUGGGUUCCGGGUUUCAUCGGGGACUACAGAUUCGACGCCACACUAACAAUUUCUUCAGGGGACGAUAUCUAUCUGGGUGACCUCGUGUUCGAGCCACCGAGAGACGGCCCUACCAUGUGGGAGAUCGGAAUACCCGAUAGGUCUGCUGCCGAGUUCUACGUUCCAGACCCCAACCCCAACUAUGUCAACAGACUCUUCAUCAAUCAUCCUGACAGGUUCAGGCAGUAUGGGCUUUGGGAGAGAUACGCAGAGCUGUAUCCGGACCGUGAUCUGGUGUACACCAUCGGCGAAAGCAACUACAGCACUGAUUGGUUCUACGCUCAAGUUACCAGAAGAAGCGAUGGGGAUACGUACCAGCCCACCACAUGGCAGAUAAGGUUCAGCCUCGACGCCGUCCCUCCCAACAGCACGUACAAGUUCCGGGUGGCGCUCGCGUCUUCAGCCAACGCUGAACUGCAGGUCCGUUUCAACGACGAGGCACGGGCUGUGCCUCACUUCACCACGGGGCUCAUCGGGCGCGACAACGCGAUCGCGAGGCACGGGAUCCAUGGCCUCUACUGGCUCUUCAACGUGGGUGUGAGUGGAGCCUGGCUUGUCCGAGGGAUCAACACCAUCUAUCUGAAGCAGCCCAGGAACCAGAGCCCGUUCCAGGGGGUCAUGUACGACUACCUGCGUCUGGAAGGACCCUGUGCUGUGCCUGCCGCUAACUCAGGCCCAAAAGCUAAUUGAUUAAUCAGCCUGCCUUAGCCGUAUUGUAUUUGUGUAAGUGACACCUAGCUAGCUAGUACAGCUGUAAUGUAUAUGAUUCAGCAGAGCAUCCAUGUCCUAAUUAAUACCACGUCAUGCAUAAUCUGUAUAUGCCUGUGUUCUCAACUCUGUUUA